CCCACGCGGCUUGCAGUCUUCUUUCACCGUCAGUGCUAUCCACACCUUUCUCCGUAAUUAUUGCUCUCUCUGUUCAAGUUUUUGUUGUCACUCUCUUUCGCCCGAAAGUAAAUCAGUGUGAGGAACUCGGUCUCGCUGGAUGCUGUGCUUGUUCUGAUUAACCGACAAAAUGACCAGGACCAAUCGUAUUAAGAUCAAAACUCAGACGGUUGUCCUGACGAUACCAUGCGUUCUGGCGUUAUUAUUACAAGCAGUCUUUGCUGAACCUCCGGCACCAACAUACGGUGUACCAGAGAGCGGAGGCUAUGAGGACUACAGCGGGGACUUUGAGUACAGCGGAUCAGCUGGUGCCGGUGGGGGAGGGGGUCACUCAGCAGGGGGCGGGGGAGGAAAGGGCUACUCCAGCUAUGCGUCGCCAACCGGCUCCUACAAGACCAUAGGAACAGCUGCUCACGGCGGAGCUGGAUAUAAUUCCUACAGUUCUGGGGGCUCCGGUGGAACUGGAGGACAUUACAGCGGAAGUGGAAGUUCCGGCGGACAUUACAGCGGAAGUUACAGCAGUGUUCCCGCCUACAGCAGUGGUGGACAUGAUGACAGCUACAGCGGCGGAGCCGGCGGUUACGCGGGAGGCUACAGCGGCGGAAGUAGCGGAAGUGUGGGCUUCAGUGCACCCAGCUCCUACAAGGGAUCCGGCUCCUACAGUGUGGGAUCCAGCUACAGCAGCGAUGCCCACGGAGGGUACAGUGUACCAGGAGGAGACUACGGGUCUAGCAGCAGCAGUGGUAGCUACAGUGGAGGGGACAGUUUGAGCCACGGGAAACCAUCCUACUCAUCCGGGGGAGGAUAUCAUGGUUACUCCGGUGGUGGAGGUUACUCAGGAGCAGGGGGAUACUCGGGAGGAUCCAGCUAUGAAGGCAGCGACUUCAGUGGAGGUCAUGGAGACUAUGCUCCGGGGUACAGUGGGGAAAGUCACGGAAGUGGAGGGUACUCAGGAGCAAGUGGAGGGUACUCAGGAGCUAGUGGAGGCUACUCAGGUGGUGGCUACAGUGGUGGAGCACCCUACGCUUCAGGACAUGGGCAUGGCAGUCAUUCAUACUCCGGUGGUGGACCUUCAUACUCCGCUGGACCUUCAUAUGCUGGUGGACAUUCAUACUCUGCUGGACCAUCAUACUCCGGUGGUGGACCUUCAUACUCCGCUGGACCUUCAUACGGAGGGCACUCGUAUUCAAGUGGUGGACCUUCAUACUCUGCAGGUCCUUCAUACUCGUCCUACUCCUCAGGACCAACCUACAGCAAAGGCCCCUCCCCCUACGUCUCAGGCCACUCCUACCAUGGCGGACCAUCCCCUUCAUACAUCAGCAGCCACAAACCAAGCUUCAUCAGCAGCAGCAAACCCUCGUUCUUCUCCGGAGGCGGAUACAGCAGCGGAGGCCCGCCCCCACAUUUCUUCAGCGGAGGUCACGGAGGCGGCGGUUCAUACUUGAACUCAGUCUCCAGUCACGGCGGUUACUUGAGCUCGCCACCCCACCACGGCUUCAGCUCGGGUCACGGUUACUUCUCCAGCAGUCACGGCUAUCCCAAGGGUUACAGUGGAGGUGGACUCUAUUCGGGACUGGGCAGUCUCAAGGGGCACAGCUUCCUUGGAGGUGGUUACGCCAGCUCGUUUAAGGGAUUCAGCGGACUGAAGGGAGCAAGUCUACAUGGUAAGCAUGCUGCUAGUAAAUAGACCCAGACUUGAGACUACAAUUUGUAAUGUACAUUUUGACCAAUGUUCCUAGAUUAACAUCAACUGUAUCAAUCCUUAUUAAUAAAUUGCGAAGACAUUACUCAAUGAUAACUUCUUGAAGUAAUUACUCAUUACUCAAUGACUUGACUGAGAAUUUGUUGACAAUGAAUCUAUUUCAUGCUCUCAGGGGUCACAGCUUCCUUGGAAGCUGACUUUGCCAGCUCGUUCUUCUCCCAUCUUAAUCAAUCUGUCUUAUGCCUUUUUGAAGACUAGUAUAAUAAUUGCCAACAAUAUUUCAAAGUCUGGCUGAUUUUUGUAACCGCUCCAAUUAUUUGAAAAUAAUCUCCAAUUGCAUAUUCACUGCAAUGAUAUCUUCAAAUUUGAUGAGAAUCCAAUUAUAACUUAAUAAUUUGAUACGGUAUUUCAAAUUAUUACUUCUCAGUUGUUUAUACCAGUUUAUACUACUGUACUCUUAGAUCUACUCUUGAGUAGUUACAGUCAUCAUUGUUCAAAUAGCAUUUUGUUAAAUCAUAGGCAUAGUGCGAUGAAAACUGUCGUUGACUGAGAAAACGUUCUCAUUGAUAAAUGCAAUAAUGUUUUCCUAUUGGUAAAUUAUUACGGUAUA